AGCCCAACGGAUACCAAGAGAAACGCUCGUGGCUCCCAAUCAUGGACUCCACCACUGCGGCCAUGGAGACUCUCGUCGAUGACGCUGCGGCCGCCCUCGCCGGCGACAGCGACGGCGAGGCCGAGCGGUACGAGGCCGAGGCGGCGGAGGCUGACCUCCUCCGCGACCGCCUCCGCCUCGCCGUCAUCAAGAUCGCCACCUCCGAAGGCAGGAAGGCCGGGAUGGAGGUCGCCGACCCCGUCGUCGCCUGCGUCGCCGAUUUAGCCUUCAAGAGCGCAGAGCAGCUGGCUAAGGAUGUAGAGUUGUUUGCACAGCAUGCUGGCCGUAAAUCCAUCAAGAUGGAAGAUGUUAUACUCACAGCUCAUAGGAAUGAGCAUCUUAUGGGCCUGUUGCGGACAUUCUCUCAAGAACUGAAGGGAAAGGAGCCUGCCAACGAGAGGAAGCGAAAGAAAUCAUCAAAGAAGGACGAAAAGACAAUGAAGGAGAACCAGUCUACUACGUCGAUGAAGAUGAAGGCUAGUGGACCCCCGGUCAAUUGCUUGUGGAAGAUGAGAGCUUCGCUGUGUUUUGCUAGUGUGUUUAGUUAAAUACUUUGAGGUCUUUCUAUCUUGUUCAAGUUAAACAUUGUAAUAAUGGCACUGUGUGUGAUACAUUG